AUGGCAGAAGGAGACAGCCGUCCGUCGGUAGAGGAUCGUACGAAUCAUAUUCUAGCCGUUAGCUCGUCAUCUCGUGAUCUCCAGACAGUGUAUCUGGUCAUCGCCCUAGUGGUGUCAGUGGGGUGCGGUCUGCUUCUGAUCUUCUUGGUUUGGAAGAAAGAGUAUCUGCAGAAGCCCAGCCACUACCUACGGUGUAACCUGGCGGUAGACGACAUCAUCUUCACCGGCGGACUGAUCCCCAUCCAGAUCUACAGACUUUUUCAGCAAGACGUCGAGAGCGAACAGCUACUGUGUUCGGCAAAAGCAUUGCUGUUGGCCGCAUGUCUGGUUUCUAUGCUGGGUACGUACCUUAUGAUGGCGAUAGACUUGUACUAUUGCAUCUGCCAUCCCCUACACUACCAUGGCAAAGUCACAACAAAACGUGUGAUGUGUGGCAUUUUGGCGAGUAGAGUCAUUUCCCUGAUCUUGGGACUAGGACCUGUGGUGUUCAGCGGACUGCCUAAUCUUAAUGCCAACCUACAGUGUGAGCUAGAACCGACAAACAGUGCCAGCGUAGCCGCCAUCCUCAGAACCAUCGUUCUGUUUGUUGCCAUCCUUAUUGGUUUUACCAUCCUCAUACUCUACUACUUCGUCCUCAAGGAAGCCAGAAAACAACAGGCAAUAUAUGAGAAUCGCAACAUGUGGAUAUUCCAGACCAAGGCAUUCCGAAAAAUGGCCCCGCAUGCUAUUAUUUUGGCUGUGUCCGGUGCCACGAGCUUCUUUCAGGUCGCUAUGGUACGAAAUGUGAUCAGUAUGGAGGAAAAGGCAUCACCUGCCAUGAUUGUCACUGAACGCGUGGCCACCCUGCUGCAGUUUACCCUGUCAUCAAUGGCUAACCCUAUCAUCUACAGCUUUCGCCUUCCAGAGUUUCGCAAAGCCUGUAAAGAACUGUGUGGGUUGCCAACCAGCGUACGACGACAGCAGGACAUAAACACGACCGUUUAUUCUCUCGCCCAAGCUUCAAGCGGUUCUGUCACAAGCUUAGAGAUGGAGAACGGCACACUCCCCGACAAAAUCACAACACAGGCAGACAUUGAAAUCAAGCAAGCUCCCAGUUGUACGUACGGGCGACCGAAACAGAACGCUAUACGGACCAAGUUACGUGCUGCACCCACGCAUGUUCCUGAAUGCAGCGGUGAUGCCGUGGCUGAAACCAUUCCUGGUCAGACCAACUCGGAGGCCGAGCCAGGCAUGUCAAGAGAAACACCGACGUGUAAAGCCUAUGUCUGUAACAAGUUUGCUAUCGUGUGGCGUCGGGUGGUGUAG